ACUUUCCUAUUCUCACGAGAAGCGCUCCUACGUUUUAGCCUCUUCUCGGUAACAAAAAAAUAAUAGAAAAAUAAAUAAGACAAAAUCCUUUCCUUCAAUUCUAUGAUAUAGAUCCCAGAAAUAUGGGGGACAAAGAUUGUUUAAACAAAGUGCGUGUUAACGAGGUCUAUUUAUACAGUGAGACUUUGGGAGAGUAGGUGAGAGUGAUUAUUUUUCCACUGAAAAAAAGGGGAACGGAGUGAGAUAAAGUUGUGGGAAUAAGUGGUAUGAGAGAGAGAGAACGUCUGGGAAAAUUUUAUUAAUGUUUUUGUUGUGAUUAACGUGGUGUCCAUCGAGCAAUCGUAUCAGGUGAAUUUACAAGACGAACACCGAUGUACGACAGACGAAAAUAUAUCUCUAAUAGACAAAUGCUCACGAUAUGACUCCUGAAGACGUUUGAAAUAAGAGAUAAGCCUUCUAAUGAUCGGAUCUUCUGGGAACAUUCAGGAGAAUUGUAGAAUGUGAAAGUAUCCCAGUCUUCGUCAUAACAAGAAUUGGAUUUGGUGAAGACGAAGAGAAGUUUCAGGAGACGAGAGGGAGAUCAAUCUCGCCCCCCCCCCCUAAAUAAAAAAUGAGUGGUAAUUUGGAGGAAUCUCAAUCGAAAUGGAUCUGCGAGUACUGCACCUACGAGAACUGGCCAUCGUCCCUGAAGUGCACCAUGUGCAGAGGAGCAAAGCCCCUGCUUGGUGAGGACAUAUACAGAUUGCGUGAUCCAAGCCCCCAAAGAUCUAACGUCGCUUCGGGUCCAGUCUGCUACAGUCAAUCAUCAACAGACACCUACAACCUGAGUCCUCAAAAUUACAGUCAAAAUCUCCCAUCGGGUGGCAAGUGGUCAUGCGAAAUGUGCACAUAUUUAAAUUACCAAAAUGCCUCCCGCUGCAUCCAAUGCAGUACAUCAAAGCCAAUAGUCCACACUGUUCACCACAGUUUAGCCUCGAAUUUGCAUGAACAUUUAGCCCCCCUGAGACUUGCCGAUCCCCCACCGACGACAGUACCAGUAGGAAAUAAUCUAGCGCCAUCAUCUCAGAUGGAGAAGUGGUCCUGCCACAUAUGUACUUACGAAAAUUGGCCAAAGGCGACAAAAUGUAUAAUGUGCGCCCAACAGAAGGAGAAUCACCACUAUCAGCACCAGCAGCAACAGCAGCAGUGUGACAAGCGUGAAAAUUCAACGACAAAUACUGCAAUUAUUCUGCCAAGCCCUGAGAGGGACAAUCAGAAAGGUCUGCCUUCGCCUCCACAAUCAUACGAGAACUUAGCUGGUGCGAGACGAAGCCAGAGGUACGAGGGAAGAACCGACAGCCUGCCAGCACCCCAGGGUCCCAAUGACAUCGAAUACGAGGGAAGACUGAAGCAGUUCUCUCGUCACAAGGACUGGCGUUGGCUGAACGCCUGUCUGGGCAUCGUCGAGGGUCAGAAUGUUCCCGUGGAGGCGUACCUGGCAAGUGGUGGUGAUCCAGCUCGUCAAUUGACCCACUCGGAGGUACUACUACUCAACAGAAGCAGUGCAUUCGAUGUAGGACAUACUCUCGUUCAUCUGGCGAUAAGAUUCCAACGCGAGGACAUUCUAGCAACACUGCUGUCACAAAUUGAGGGCUCUGGGUCGGGGAUAAAGAGAGUGCCGAGUUACGUUGCACCAGAUUUGGCAGCUCAGAUACGUAGACACCUGACAAAUAGUAUUAGAGUGCGCAAGGGAUCAUUUCCAUGUUACUUCAUCACUGACGUCGCAACUUUUGCUCUCCCCGCUGAAGUUGAAGAUCUUCCCAGCAAUGUUCAGGAACAGAUGCUGGAGGAAUUGUUGGAUCGUGAGGCACAGCAACAACUCGAAGGGGGUGGGGGUGAGCCACCAGCUUUGAACUGGUCACUGGAGAUAACGGAGAGGCUUGGCAGUCGUCUUCAUGCACUUUGGAAUAGAUCAGCUGGUGAUUGUCUUCUUGAUUCAGCUAUGCAGGCAACGUGGGGUGUCUUCGACAGGGACAAUGCUCUGAGAGGUGCUCUUGCUGACUCGUUACAACAAGUUGGAUAUCUGUUCUAUCCACGCUGGAGGGAGUACGAAGCGUCACAGGCAUCCAGAAUGCUGGAUUUCACUCUGGAAGAGACACAGUGGCAAGAGGAUUGGGAAAAUUUACUGGCAACGGCUGCACAGCCCGGCAGUGCUCUAGAACAAUUGCAUAUUUUCACACUUGCUCAUAUCAUGAGAAGGCCUAUUAUCGUUUAUGGGGUUAAAUAUGUCAAGAGCUUCCGGGGUGAGGACAUCGGUUAUGCCAGAUUUGAGGGGGUCUAUUUGCCACUUCUUUGGGAGCCCUCUUUCUGUAUUCGUUCGCCAAUUGCACUUGGAUAUACCAGGGGGCAUUUUACAGCCCUUGUACCCAUCGAACCUUACGCCUCGUCCAGGCUGUCACACAGCGGAGUUGGCGUUGGGGGUGGAAACAGUCCCAUGCAACAACUCCAGAUACAGAUGCAGACAACUUUUAUGCCACUGAUGGAUACUGAACGUAAAUUGUUGCCAAUACAUUUUUUGACAUCUGAGGAAAUUGGCAGGGAAGAGACGAUACUGAAACAGUGGCUUGAUGUUUGCACUACCGAGGGGGGAAUACUCGUCGCACAGCAGAAAUUGCAUAAAAGGCCAUUGCUCGUUGCUCAGAUGCUCGAGGAGUGGCUCAAUCACUAUCGAAGAUUAGCCCAAAAUAACGACGCGCCAUACGUUCGUCCGCCUGUUCUUCAGGAUUACAGUAGCGACGGUGAUACCGAGGAUGAAUAACGUCCGGCUGGUGCAAUUCAUCAGAUUUAAAAUAUUAAUUCUAAUAAUAAUAAAAAAAGUAUUGAAAGGGAUCGAAAGAGCGUAUGGUCAUUUUCACAAAUCUCUUCAUUCAAAUAAAAUAAGGUUCUUCUUUCUUUUCGUAUAAUUAUUGUCGACGAAAAUUAGGAUGUGUCGAGACGUCAGCCAAUUUCAGAUAAUGCUCGGAAAGUACGACCAAUGGUAAUGAUAAUUCAAGUUACAGUUAUGUUCCCUCGUGGAGAAAAGGUAUCACAGAAGUAACAAAAUUGAAUCCCUAUUGAUUCACACCAUCAGUUCAGUCACAUUAAUUAAGACUUAUUAUUUAUUAAUUUUUUCCUUAAGACGAGUGAAAAAAAGUUUCAUGUUAACUACAAUUUUAUUGUUUAUUUUGAAAUUGUUUUUGUUUUUCGUUUACUCUUUAUCGAUAAAUAACAAUAGGGAUUUAGAAAAAUCAGUGUUGGAUUCUGUAAUGAGUCUUGCCGUUGAAUAAAUAAAUUUGAAAAAACUAGAAAUAAUAA